GAUCCAAUGAAUAAGCAACGAUUAAUCUUUUUGAUCGUAAUCCUAUCAUUAUUUGAUUUGGUACAUUUCUCUAACGCUAAUAUUUUCAAACGUAUUCCUGUUACCUGUUCUGGAAAACGUAAUUGUCAUGUACAAUGUGAUAUGAGUGCAGGAAGUAUGUAUACAAAUAAUUGUAGCGUUAAAACUUGCACAUUUACUUCAAAUUCAGUUUUAUGUGAUGGAUCUUGCGCUAACCAGUUAGAUUAUGCUGAAGAACGUGCUUGUCAUUUUUCAUGUGGAACUGCAUGUACAUAUAAUUGUUCUAAAUGCAAAAGAACUGGUCCUAACGCUAGUGACUGGGCUUGCACAAAUUGCAAAUGA